ACACCGGAAGUACAAUAGAGGUCACAUGUGUUUCGUUCAUUCGUGCACUGUCAGUGGCAGUGCUGCUGUCAUGCUGGUGGAUAAUGCAUCAUGUUGAAAAUAUGGUAAAUGCUUCCAUCUUAUGUUUGGGACUGGACUAAAGAAAUGCUCGGGAAGUUCAAAUGUAUGAAAUCUCGUAAACAAGUCUUUUUAGGACUCUCAAUUCUAUCAAUUGGUCUAGCCUCACUUCGAUUGUCCAAAUGACGGGUGGUAGAAUGCUUUUGUCGUUUAUGAAGUUGUCAUCACCCAAACAGUCCUUGCAUGGUGUGUUCUUUUCGCUUGUCUUGCGGUGGUAAGAAAGGAUUAAACAUUUGAAUCGCCAUGCCUCUAUCAGACUUUCUCGGAGCACUGAAGGACAACCCUUACUUUGGGGCUGGCUUCGGUCUGGUGGGUGUUGGAACAGCUCUGGCUGUCGCAAGGAAGGGAGCACAGAUCGGUAUGAUCUUUUUUAGGAGGAACUAUAUGAUCACUUUAGAGGUGCCAAGCAGAGACAAGAGUUAUCACUGGUUGCUGAGUUGGAUUACGAAGCACGCACACAGAACACAGCAUCUCAGUGUUGAGACAUCAUACCUUCAACAUGAGAGUGGACGGGUACACACACAGUUCGACUUCCACCCCAGUCCUGGCAAUCACAUCAUAUGGUAUGGGAACAGGUGGAUUCGAGUUGAGAGGACCAGGGAGAAGCAAAUGGUGGAUCUCCACACAGGAACACCAUGGGAGUCCGUGACCUUUACAGCCCUUGGGAGGAACAGGCAGGUUUUCAUGAACAUUCUUCAGGAAGCUCGAGAGCUGGCCUUGAAGCAGGAGGAGGGCCGGACGGUGAUGUACACUGCAAUGGGAGGCGAUUGGCGACCGUUUGGCUUUCCAAGGCGUCGACGGCCUCUCUCCUCUGUAGUCCUAGAGACAGGCGUGACGGACAGGAUCGUGGAGGAUGUGAAGGAGUUCAUUAGCAACCCAAAAUGGUACACGGAUAGAGGAAUUCCCUACAGAAGAGGAUAUCUUCUUUAUGGUCCUCCAGGGUGUGGAAAGAGCAGUUUCAUUACGGCACUGGCUGGAGAGCUGGGCUACAGUAUUUGCCUGAUGAGCUUGAGCGACCGCAGUCUGUCUGACGACCGGCUUAACCACCUGCUGACGGUGGCUCCACAGCAGAGCAUCAUCCUACUGGAGGACGUGGAUGCUGCCUUCAUCAGCCGGGAGCUGCUUCCCACCGAGAAUCCAAUGGCCUACCAGGGGAUGGGAAGGCUGACAUUCAGUGGGCUUCUCAACUCUUUGGACGGGGUGGCCUCCUCUGAAGCAAGAAUAGUCUUCAUGACUACCAAUUUUAUUGACAGGCUGGAUCCGGCUCUGAUCCGUCCGGGCCGCGUGGACCUGAAACAGUACGUGGGCCACUGCUCUCACUUCCAACUCACCCAGAUGUUCCAUCGGUUCUACCCAGAGGAGUCCGCGGGGCAAGCAGACAAGUUUGCGGAACACGCUCUGGCCAUGCACACGGACAUCAGUGCGGCACAGGUACAGGGACACUUCAUGCUCUACAAACUGGACCCUGCUGGCGCCAUUGACAAUGUGAGCCAAAUGAAGGCAUGAGACUGCAGGGGAGUUCUAAGGAUGUGGUUUGUGAGAGGACAAAAUGCCUUUUUUGUGUGUGUGUAUUCAGAUCAAAUUCAGUUCAAUUCAGAUUCAAUCUUCAAUGCAUUUUCGAACAGACAUUGUGACGGACACGGGAUAAUCAAGGGACAUACUCAAAAGUAUGAUGCAAAUAAUACAAAUGUAUUUGUUUUUUCCAUUAAAUUAUUUUGACAGCUGUACUGCUUCAAGAAAAGAAAUAAAAACUGAAGUUAUGGCACCAAA